AUGGGCCAACUACCACUUUGUCGGGUCACUCCAUCGCGCCCGUUCACACACACUGGUGUGGACUAUGCAGCACCGCUCGCGCUGAAGACUUGGAAAGGCAGAGGAGCCAAGACGCAGAAAGGGUGGAUUUGUGUAUUCGUCUACUUCGCAACCUCAGCUGUGCACUUGGAAGUUGUCACCGACUACUCAGCUGACGCAUUCAUCGCAGCCUAUCGCAGAUUCGCAGCAAAGAGAGGAACUGCAGCCUCUCUCUACUCAGAUUGCGACACCAACUUCCAAGGAGCGGACGCGCAGUUGAAGAAGCAAUUCAAGGACAGCACACGCGAAAAACAGGACAUCGCAGCUCUACUCGCCAAGGAUGGUACGCAGUGGCACUUCAACCCUCCUGCCGCUUCACACAUGGGUGGAAAAUGGGUGGCAGUGGUCAAAUCUCUCAAAUUCCAUCUGAAGAGGACGAUUGGAGAUGCUUUAUUGACGUUCGAGGAAUCAAUAACAUUGCUUGCGCAGAUCGAAGCCAUCCUCAAUUCAAGACCGUUGGAAGUACUCACCGAUGAUCCAGACGACGUCUCAGCCCUCUCACCAGGACACUUCUUGAUCGGAUCGCCGCUCAACGCAGUUCCAGAGCCAACGCUUCUCGACGUCGCAGUCAACAGAUUGUCGAGGUGGCAAUUUCUACAGCAGCGCCUCCAACCAUUUUGGAGAAGAGCAAGAAGAACAAGAAGAAGAAGAAAUAUCUCGGAAUGA